AUGCCGUCGAACUUGCGCCGGCUAGCUGCCGACCAUGCUGCCUUACACCGCGAUCUUCCGCCGUACUACUUGCAGCCGUCGGAUGGUGAUGACCUGUCACAACUGAACAUACUCCUCACGGGCCCCGCGGGCACACCCUUUUCACAAGGAUUAUGGGAGCUCCAUCUCAAGAUGCCUGAUGACUAUCCCAAGAGCCCCCCAAAGGCCACCUUCAAGACGAAAAUAUGGCACCCGAACAUGGAGGAGCUCACCGGAGCUGUCUGUGUAGAUACGCUCAAGCGGGAUUGGCAGCCUAAUCUAACUCUGCGCGAUGUAUUGGUCACAAUCUCAUGUCUGCUUAUCUACCCUAACCCUGACUCUGCCCUCAACGCUUCCGCAGGCGCUCUUAUGCAGGAGAACUAUGCCGCCUUUGCACACCAAGCCAAGCUCAUGACCUCAAUUCACGCCCCGAUCCCACUCAACCUCAAAGCUGCAGUGACAGAAGCAAAGCUCCGGGGCGAGGAGGCAGGCACCACACUUGAAGAGAAAGAAGAAGACGCAAUCAUUCAACGCCGGCGGAAACACGCCCGUACCCACACAGCUGCAACGAAGAAAACCACGCGCAACACCACUGCAUUUGAAAACCCGUCACAGUCCUCAUAUUCUCCACAAUCCUCCUCAAAUCCUUUUGCCCAACCCUCACCACCCAUAACAGACAACGCCACGAGCGACAGCGACAGCGACGACCCCGCUACCGCAAGCAAAGAAAACAACCCAACUCUUUCCCCUUCGCCUGUCUACUUUGCGCCCCCAAGUCCCCGUAAAACCGCUCUGGGAAAACGCCCCCUCUCCGUCCUCUCAAUUCCCUACCCGGAAGACUCCGAUGCAGACAUGAUGCUCAUAGACUCGGACAACGACAACGAUGCCCCCGCCAUGAGCUCCAACGAACGAAACAUCACUGCAAACACACGUUCCCGUACUUCAUCACCACUCCGGAAAACACCCAAGCUCUCCAUGCUCUGUGGGGGAGUCAACGCCUCCGGCCGUCUCCGCGAUGAGGUGCCAAUAUUCGAAGAUUUGCCCCAAUUGGCCAUGCCAGACUCUCUACGCAGGCUGAGCGGGGAUGGAAAAGAAAACCGUGGAUCUGCAACUGCGCGUGGGCUGAAAGAGAAGCGUGAAUAUCACCCCAUGAAGACGCCCAAUGGCUCUACUCCCCUUUCUCUAGCACAUGCCCAACUACCUACGCCGUCACUAUCAUCAUCGUCGUCAUCUCUCUCAGGGUCCUCCUCUUCUGGAAUCUCCAAGAAAAAAGCCACGAGCGGCACACACAGGCGCCUUGCCGUCAGAACAAAGCCGCGCAUUGGUAUCCGUCGGCUAUAA